AAACCUGUCAUUUAUAACAGUAUUUGUCAUUGAUCAAAAUCAAUAUGUACGUCUUCAACAUUUUCAUUUAAAAUGAAAUAUCUGUAGAAUCAUCCACCCAUUUUCAAAAUUAACAAGUAAUGAUAGCAAAACCUUUGUUUAACAUCAUACCAAAAAACCAAAUUUUCAGAAGGUAUACCGUCUCGCAUAUUACUAGACAAAGAAACAAUUUUUCACGUAGGAAUAUUGCAAAUACAACAACUAUAAGACAAUACUCAAGUUUGCCAAAAACACCCGAUCUCAUUUAUAUACCUCGAAUAUUUAGAUGGCUUAAAACUAAAGUUCAGUUUAAAUAUCUCCAGAGGACCUGGGAUCCAGAGUUUACCGAAGGAGCUUUUAUCUACGGUGCUUCGAAAGCAGUCUGUACUGUGACAGCAAUAAUUCAUGAAGACAGGCAAGAAGAGCUAGAUGAUUUACUGACCAUACCAGCUAGAUUAAAACUCAAACAUGAUAUGAAAACGAAGCUAACCAGACUUCAAAAAUCUGUUAUAAAGAUCAAUCCAGAAGAUAUAAAAUUAUUUAUACCUUUGAAUAUAAAAUUUCAAACUCAAGGCCUUGAUAAAAAUUGUAGAAUAGGUAUGCAGUUAUUAGCUCUGAAGUGGCAUAAAACUGAAUCUGGACCUACUAAAUUGAUUUUGGUGACAGUAAAGACAGAAUUUUUAAGAAACUAUAGAAAGGAAACUGUCCCUGAAUGGAUCAUAAAUGACUUUGAUAUCUUAGAAUGCGUUGUACUAUCGACAUCACCAAACAAUAUUAGUUGAAAAAUAUACUUGGCAGAAUACAAAACUAUGAGGUUUUUAAAAUUUAAAAUUUUAAAAUUAAUUACUUGAGGUGAAUUUUGGCAACACAACAAUAAAAUUUUUUAAAGUG